UGCAACCAAAAGAUCUCCCUCCCCCCAAAAAAAUUGUUGACUUGCUUUCUCCAAUCAUUCAACGUCGAAGAAUUCUUAUUUAAUCCCGUAAAUACAAAUGAACUGAAACAUCCAAUUUCAUGUAUUUUUAUAAUAAUCGCAUAAUACGUCUAAAUAUACAUAGAAUAUAAAUAUAUUCCACUUUGAUUAGACUAAAAAGUGGAAUAUAUAUAUAAAUCACUAAUCAAGAAAACCAUACAUCAUAGUUAAAGCAGUGUAACUAGUUAAGGUAUCAAUGGAAACAAAGUGUCCUCCAUUUGGAUUUGCAGGGAAAUAUUACCUAAACUCAGAAGGUAGUUGUGUAAGGCAAACUAGCUUCUUUGGUGGAAAGCCAGUGCUAAAUCAAGGUGUUGGCUACUCUGUUAUUUUGGGUUUUGGUGCUUUCUUUGCUGUCUUCACCUCUUUUCUGGUGUGGCUGGAGAAACGAUACGUUGGUUCUCGUCACACAUCAGAAUGGUUCAACACUGCUGGCAGAUCAGUAAAAACUGGGCUCAUCGCCAGUGUCAUUGUCUCACAGUGGACAUGGGCUGCCACAAUCUUGCAAAGUUCAAAUGUUGCUUGGCAGUAUGGUAUCAGUGGUCCUUUCUGGUAUGCUAGUGGUGCUACUAUCCAGGUGAUUUUGUUUGGGAUAAUUGCAAUAGAAAUCAAGAGAAAAGCUCCUCAUGCUCAUACAGUCUGUGAAAUUGUGAAGGCUAGAUGGGGAACAGCUGCUCAUGUCGUAUUUUUAAUCUUCUGUUUCCUCACAAACAUUAUAGUCACAGCAAUGCUACUUCUAGGAGGUUCUGCUGUUGUUAAUGCACUUACAGGAGUUAAUCUAUAUGCUGCUAGUUUCUUGAUACCCCUUGGAGUUGUUAUCUACACACUUGCCGGAGGACUAAAAGCCACGUUCCUUGCAAGCUAUAUACAUUCAGUGAUUGUGCAUGUGGUGCUGGUAAUUUUUGUGUAUCUAGUUUACACAGCGAGCAAGGAACUUGGUAGUCCUGCUGUUAUAUAUGAGCGAUUGAAAGAAGUUUCGAGCAGAUCAAGACUAUGUAUGGAGCCUAUUUCCCAUGAUGGUCAAUCUUGUGGUCCGGUGGAUGGAAAUUAUAAAGGUUCUUACCUCACCAUGUUGAGCUCAGGUGGACUUAUCUUUGGGAUUAUUAACAUUGUGGGAAACUUUGGGACCGUCUUUGUCGACAAUGGAUAUUGGGUUAGUGCAAUAGCAGCAAGGCCUUCAUCAACACAUAAGGGUUAUUUGUUGGGUGGUUUGGUAUGGUUUGCAGUGCCAUUCUCUUUAGCAACGUCGUUAGGGAUUGGGGCUCUUGCUCUGGAUUUGCCUAUUAAUGCGAGUGAAGCUAUCCAUGGCCUUGUUCCUCCUGCUACCACUGUUGCUUUGAUGGGCACAUCAGGAUCUGUCUUGAUCCUCACUAUGCUCUUUAUGGCUGUAACAUCAGCAGGAUCAGCCGAGUUGAUAGCAGUCUCAUCACUAUGCACAUAUGACAUCUACAGAACUUACAUAAACCCAAGUGCGACAGGAAAGCAAAUCCUCAAAGUUUCAAGAAUAAUAAUCCUAGCAUUUGGGUGUUUCAUGGGAGUACUAGCAGUGAUACUAAACAAAGCAGGGGUUUCACUAGGUUGGAUGUACUUGGCCAUGGGAGUUUUCGUUGGAUCAGCAGUUAUGCCCAUCGCGUUUUCUCUCCUGUGGAGGAAGGCAAACUCCAUAGGAGCCAUCCUAGGAGUAACCAUUGGUUGUAUUUUAGGUGUCAUUACUUGGGUGACAGUAACAAAGAUCGAGUAUGGGGUGGUGAAUCUUGAUACAACAGGAAGAAACGCGCCUAUGCUUGCAGGGAACCUUGUGUCAAUUCUUAGUGGUGGAGCUAUUCAUGCUGUUUGUAGCUUCUUGUGGCCUCAGAAUUAUGGAUGGGAUACCACUAAGAAGAUUAGCAUGGUUGAGAAAGAUAAGACCGAGCUUUCUUCUGUCGAGUUUGAGGAGGAGAAACUCAAGAAGGCUAAGGCAUGGAUUGUGAAAUGGGGUCUUGUUUUUACUCUUGUGAUUGUCAUCCUCUGGCCUGCUCUUAGCCUCCCUGCAGGGGUGUUUAGUUUGAAAUACUUCACAGUUUGGGUAGUCGUCGCAAUAGCAUGGGGAACUAUAGGAUCAGCAGUUAUAAUAGCAAUGCCUGUGUUUGAGAGCUGGAAAACAAUUCAAAGUGUAUUGACGGGCAUUUUCACGAACGAUAGGCUCAUCGAAAGGAUAGAGGAGUUGAAUUCGAAGAUGAACACGAUCAUACUAGCGAUCCCUGAAGCAGAGCGCCUUUAUUUGCUUGAGAAAGAGAAGGCAAAGAAGAAAGAUUUGAUAGAUGAUCAAGUGCAAGAAGUUCAUCACUUAGCUUGACAAACAUUCUAAUGUAAUUGGAUAUUAGUCUAAAAAAACCUACUUCAAUGAUUCAAUGCACGUCUAUUAGAUAAGAUCAUACUCUGUAUAUUGUGAUGUAUUAAUAAAAUAUAUACAUACAAAAUUAUUGGGAUAAAAUGUUACUGAUGAUAUAUAACUUGUAUAUACUAGAAAAUUGUUUCUGCAUACUUAGGUAACCCCUCCUGCA